GCUGCAGUCGCGAGGAAAUGGACGACGCUCUCGUGAUGUUCGGGUCGUGUCUUUGGGACGAGGGGACGCGGGCGUGAUAUUUGAGUCGUUUUCUCUUGCGAGGGGACUUCGGCUGUCGUUGGUCGAGUACGCAGCCCCGACGCGUGGACUUCUUCACGCUGGGUUUCCACUCUUUCCUCUCACGGCAGAGAUGCAGUCCAGCUGGGACUGGAGCCAAGCCACAUUUGUGAGCCCUUUCAUGGCAUGGCAGGGGGGUGAAUGUGACCCCUAGAAGACACCAUGUGAUCCGGCAGGAGCCCGAGAGUGCUGAGAUACCACAAGAGUCCCGGUCCUGCCUUAGGUCUGCUUAGGUCAGACCGCUCACUGCUCAGUCUUGAUCGUGUUGUUUUUUGUUUUGUUUAUUUGUUUUGUUUUCGUGUGUGUGUGUGUGUGUGUGUGUGUGUGUGUGUGUUUUUGUGUGUGUUUUUUACAAAAUUUUCUUUAAACGUUUUGCGUACACUUUAAACACAUGGGAUGUGUGUGUGAGUGAGCAGACGCGCGUUUGGCUUUGGGCUCUGACCACGGCGUGCGCGAGUGCGCGCCGUACGGCAGCUCCGGUCCAGCCAUGCGGCCCAAAACCUUCCCCGCCGCACCGUAUAUGGGCAACACCCGGCAGCGCCUCCAGGAGAUCAAGGAAGGGUUGAAGCAGCCGGCCAAGCUCGUGAGCCAGGCGCUCCACGGGGGCAGUGGGCGGGGCGAUGGAGGCAGAGACAAUAAGGGUAAAGACCAGGCCGGGCAGCAGCAGCAGCUUCGCCAGCCUCAGAAGUUCAACUACCACCAGAGUGCCCUGCGGGAGAUCCGCAAGUCCCUCAUGCCCUUUGCCAAUGACUCGGGACCGCCAUCGAGCACGGCGCACCCCAGCGGAGACGUCAACCGACAGAUGCUGCAAGAGCUAGUCAAAGCCGGAUGCGAUCAGGAAAUGGCCAUGCGUGCACUGAAACAGACUGGCAGCCGUAACAUAGAGGCAGCGCUGGACUACAUCAGUAAGAUGGGCUAUCUGGACCCCCGCAAUGAGCAGAUUGUACGCGUCAUCAAACAAACUUCGCCAGGCAAAGGUGUAGGGCCAGCAUCAGUGGACCAUCGACCAGCCAUGGAGGCCUCCAGUGAAGGUGCUAGGCCUCCUUACCACCAGAUGGGUGCGCCGCUGUACGAGGGGGCUGGCUAUGGACCAGAGGGAGAAAUGGCACGUCCCUACAUGGCUGGCCCUCCGGUUAUGAACUACAUGAUGCCACCAACCAGCUCAACUCAGGGUCCGGCGAUGGGGAACCCCAUGGCCCGGCCUCACAGCCUGGGCGCUUAUCCUCCGGGUAUGGCUCCUCAGAAUGCCCAAGGGACCCCCAUGUACCCCCCAGGUCCUGCACAGCAGAAGGGGUAUGCAGGAGCCAUGGAGCAAGCCAUAAUGGGCUACGGUGUGCCUGGUCCGCCCAUGCAGCUCCAGUCGCAACCACCAGGGGGCCCCGGUCCCCAUUAUGACUACAGACCUCACAUAAUGGAGCCUUCUUCCUACAGUAUCAAACGGAGUGCCUCCUUCCAGAAUAAGAUGCCCCCUCUGACCCCAGACAACUAUGUCAAUAUGCAAGGCAAAGGGGUGAUGGGUCAGAAUGGUGGUGGCUACCCCCCAAACCUUUAUCUACCGCCCCACUCGCACCCACGUCAGGCCAGCCCCACCUCACACCAGGUCCACAUGAUGUCGCGCUCGCCUGGAGGAGCGGCGGCUAUGGGUGCGGAGUUCUCCGAUAUCCCACAAGGCCUCCUCACGCCCUCCAGGGCCAGCCUCAACCUCGACCUGUACGAGCACCACUGGGCAGGUGCUCAGGGGCCAGAGGCCACGCCCCCUGCCAGGCAGGCCCAGGGGCCCUUCAGAGGGGAGGUGCGGGUUCCCAGCAGAACCAAUUCUUUCAACAACCAUCAGAAGGUGAACGUCAGGCAGGCGAUGCCUCCGGCGACCGGCGUCCCUGGUAAGCAGGAGCCCGGCAUGGGCCCACCCAAUACGAUCACGGCUGUCACGUCUCCCCCUAUCCAGCAGCCGGUUAAGAGCAUGAGGGUCAUGAGGCCGGAGCCCAAAACGGCAGUGGGGCCAUGUCACCCCGGUUGGUUGGCGGCGCAGACGCAGGACGCCCCGGAGCCCCACGGGUACUCGCCCGAUGAAGGCUUUACCCUGGAUCCAACCCAGGAGACCCGAUGUCCACCGCCGCCUUACCCCAAAACGCUGCUCGUGUCUGGAGCCACCGGCGGACCAGAACCCGCACCUUUAGACGCUGGAAGCGUAGCCGGAGCGCCGGAGCACAGCACCACCUGCAGGCCUGGCCCGGGUGGUGUAGCCGGAAAACAGGAGGAGCCAGUAGCCAAGGGCAAAGCCAAGUCAGGCAAGGUGGAGAAAGCCGUGAAAGACAAGAAGCAGAUUCAGACGUCGCCGGUGCCGGUGCGCAAGAACGCCCGCGACGAGGAGAAGAGGGAGUCUCGCAUCAAGAGCUACUCUCCCUUCGCUUUCAAAUUCUACAUGGAGCAGCAUGUGGAGAACGUCAUGAAGACCUACCAGCAGAAAGUCAACCGCAGACUUCAGCUGGAACAGGAGAUGUCGAAGGCUGGUCUGUCGGAAGCAGAGCAGGAGCAGAUGCGGAAAAUGCUAAACCAGAAGGAAUCGAACUACAACCGGCUGCGCCGCGCCAAGAUGGACAAGUCCAUGUUUGUGAAGAUCAAAACGCUCGGGAUUGGCGCCUUCGGGGAGGUGUGUCUGACCCGUAAGGUGGACACGGGAGCUCUGUACGCCAUGAAGACCCUCCGGAAGAAAGACGUCCUGAACCGCAACCAGGUGGCCCACGUGAAAGCGGAACGGGACAUCCUAGCCGAGGCGGACAACGAGUGGGUGGUCCGGCUGUACUACUCCUUUCAGGACCGGGACAGCCUGUAUUUUGUGAUGGACUACAUUCCCGGAGGGGACAUGAUGAGUCUCCUGAUCCGGAUGGGGGUCUUCCCUGAGCCGUUGGCCCGGUUCUACGUGGCGGAGCUCACUCUGGCCAUCGAGAGCGUUCAUAAGAUGGGGUUCAUCCACAGGGACAUCAAGCCCGACAACAUCCUGAUCGACCUGGACGGGCACAUCAAGCUGACUGACUUUGGCCUGUGCACAGGCUUUCGGUGGACGCACAACUCCAAGUAUUACCAGAAAGGGAAUCACAUCCGGCAGGACAGCAUGGAUCCAAGUGAUUUGUGGGACGACGUGUCUAACUGUCGCUGUGGCGACCGGUUGAUUACGUUGGAACAGCGGGCGGCACGCCAACACCAGCGCUGCCUUGCGCACUCGCUGGUGGGCACGCCCAACUACAUCGCCCCGGAAGUGCUACUACGGAAAGGAUACACCCAGCUGUGCGACUGGUGGAGUGUGGGAGUCAUUCUGUUUGAGAUGUUGGUGGGCCAGCCCCCUUUUCUCGCUGCUACCCCAACGGAGACGCAGAUCAAGGUGAUCAACUGGGAGAGCACGCUGCAGGUGCCCCCGCAGGUGAAGCUGAGCUCCGAGGCCGUGCACAUCAUUGCUCAUCUCUGCUGCUCGGCGGAAGAGCGCCUCGGGGGCAAUGGUGCGGGAGAGAUCAAGGCCCACCCUUUCUUCGCCCAGGUGGACUUCUCCAGCAACCUCCGCACCCAGCCUGCCCCCUACCGGCCCAAGAUCGCCCACCCCAUGGACACCUCCAACUUUGACCCCGUGGAGGAGGAGGGGGCGCCGGGGGCGUGGAGCGACAGUGGAGACAGUGCCCGAGCGUGGGACGCCCUCUGCUCGCCACACAGCAAGCACCCUGAGCACGCCUUCUACGAGUUCACCUUCCGCAGGUUCUUCGACGACAACGGCUGUCCGUUCCGUUACCCAAAGUCCCCCGAAGAGCUGCAGGGAGCUUCAGGCAGCAGUGGGGCGCGUGGUGCAGGCCCCGACGAAGAAGAGGAGCGCGAGGAAGACGACGAGGAAGAGCAAGGUGAGGGGUGCGAGCCCGUGUACGUGUGAGGCACGAGGCGUGCGUCCACGAGCUUCGGCAGUGCCACCUGGUGUAGACUUGGUGAAACUACAGCUCACCAGGCCAUCCUAGGAGGAUAACUAGGAGAUGGACAUGGAAAAAUGCAGAAUGACGCAGUGUGGAAUGCGUUUUACUUCUGCAGGAUCUUUUUUGACUUGUUCGAGGACACGUACGUCUGUUUGGAACUGCACUCUGGGACCAAGAAAGCGCGUUGGACAUGUGUAAGGACACGGAUUCGUUAAGAGUGACUUCCAGAGAUAGCGGAGUUGUGCUAUCCACGCACCGCAUGGCGCUCCGUUCUCUCGGAUUACUGGGUCCCGUUCCCUAAAUCUCUGGCCACGUGGUGGGGGGCUGCACCGGCUCCGGUGGGACGCGGGAUUCCUCCGUUGCCCAGUUGAUGCUAGCCUGGUCGUUCUUAAUUCCAGAGGAGACGCAGCGAUGCCCUGAGCUGGUGGUGCUUUCUGGGAGAUCUGCCUGUCAUGUGACCCAGACAGUUUCAUCAAAAUCCUUACAUCCUGUUUAACCUGAAACCAUAGCCAUGAAUAUAAAAUACGGUUCCCACUGCAGAGUUUUGUUCUGUAACAGCACAGAGUAGUGGCUCUUCUUUUUUUUUUUUUUUUUUUUUUUUUUUUUAAGCCAAAAUAUUUCUACAUUUUUUUUCAUUCUAAAGGGCUCAUUCUUGCCUUCUAAUUCCAGGAGAAUCAGUACACAUGCAUUAAGACAAGAUAAGGCUCAGGUUCUUUUUUGCAUAUAAAGUUAAUCUGAAUUGAAGCGGUCGUAAUGCAGAUGCUUGAUGGGUCUGAAUGCCCAUCGGCAGUAGUACUGCCAUCGCAUUGACACAACGUUGGCAAUUGAGUGCAUAUGUUAUCAUAACAGGUCGAGAGGUGUUCUUGCCCCCGAACCUGUCAAAGCCGUAAUCUACACUUUCCAGAAGUUUUUUGCUUGCUUCACGUAUGUGCUGCAUAUUCAGAGCCUGUUCAUUUAUCUGCAUCACAGACCUGUUAUGAGAUUGUGUAACUUGCUAAUUUAGAAUUAGUUCCGUGUCUGUGUUGGCUUUUCACCAAAAGAGAGGUCGUCGUUGCUUUCAAGAAUCCAGCGUGUAUUACUCCCGAGCAUAAGAGAACCUGAUCCUUCCCCAGUGAUGCAAUAACAGCGUGUGGGCGGAUCUGGACACAAUCUUAAGUAAAUAAUGGAUGAAAAGUAUUUUUGUUGUUGAAAUAUUUUAUCUAAAUUAAUAAAUUGAAUAAGGAUGUCUUAAAAUCAUGGAGGUUAUUUUUCACCUGUUAACUUCAUGAAGAUCCACUGGGAAUACUUACGCAAAACUGUUAGCCAGUUCAACAUGUGGAGUACCCAAUGUUGGCAGGCCUGAAGUGAACUGUGCCAUUGUAUCACACGUCCACUACACAGUAUUAUAGUCAGUCUUUGACUGAAGUGCAUGCAGUAGUGAAAAGCGUUUGGAGAGCCGUGCAAAGAGGACGAUGAAGCUUAACGUGUGUGUGAUGGUAUGGUUAUGUGCAAUACAGAAAAUACAUGAUAGAUUUCUAAUCACACAAAUAGCUUCUUUUUUUUUUUUCACCUUAAUACUGAGAUACACUAUGUAAAAGUAAAUAUAUUAGUUUUUGUAUUUUCAAUAUCGUUACCUGACCCAAUGCUGCUCAUUGUUAUUGAUGUUACGUUAUCAUACUUUUCAUAUAUGCUUUUCAAUUUUUUGCCUUUUUUUUUUUUUUUUUUUUGUAAAAAGUGUGGUAUUGGUUGACGGUGUGAUUGACGUGGGACGUGACGAACUGUGUGCCUUGUAAUGAAUGUGUGGGUGUGUCCACCACAUGCUGAUCAGUAUUUGAGGAGAUGGAAGCGCAUGGUCCCCCUUCGUUCAGGCUGGCCCUGAGUGUCCGGGAGAAGGUGCUGUGAAGUGAGGGCGGAACGAGAUUUGAAAAUGAAACAUCCAAACGUUGAAGGAGACUUAAUGAUCGCGAGGUGUGGUAAUGAAUUACAAAUAUUAUGUGCUUGUGUUUUAAUCUUGUGUGAGCUGAUGUGGCUGUGGUUGUAUUAAAUUUUAUUAAUAUUGUUCAUUUGAUGAUUGACGUUUGUGCUACAAGAAUUUGCAGUGAGUAACUGUUCAACAUGCCAAAAUUAACUUUGAAAAUUGACAAUCAUUGAUGUUCACUAUUUCACUGAAUCAAACCCAGCAUUUGUCUACAUUUACUGAACCUUCCCAGGGCAACUGAUUGGAAGAGCUUAAAUCUACAAUCCGUGAUGACCUCUUGCAUGUAGUCAAGAGACAAUCACAUCUUAAAUUAAAAUAAGUUUAGAUUAAAGGUGUAGUGACAAUUUACAGUAAAAUGUCUUAAGCUAAUAUUGGAAGUUUAUGGCAUCAUCUCCUGAUGAGGUUAAUUGGUAAGCUUUAAAAACCUGAAGUGCUCAACAGAGUUUGACCGCAAGUGGGGGCAGAGGUUCUGCUAACCCAUAUUCAUCACAAUGGACCACUCAGUGAAGUUUUACUAGAAAGUCCCCAUAGAGUCAGGUUAAGAGGUCAUAUGUUUUGUUUGUUUGUUUGUUUUUGUUUGUUUGUUGUGGUUUUGGAUGGAUCUUUUGUAUUUUACUUUUGAAAGUGCUGACUGACAAUCUUUGAUUGACUAUAAUGUAAACCAUAACGGGAUUUGGUGUGCUUUUUUUUGUUUGUUUGUUUUUUGUAUUUCAGUGCUUGGUUGGGGUGGGACUUCUUUUUGUGAUUUUCCUUAAUGUAUUAUAUA